AUGUCCCACUCGGUGGUCCUGCGUGGUCCCUCGCCAUGGGGUUUUCGCUUGGUGGGCGGUAAAGACUUCAGUGCUCCGCUGACCAUCUCCAGGAUUAACCCUGGCAGUAAAGCUGCCAUGGCAAACCUGUGCCCAGGAGAUAUCAUUCUGGCAAUUAAUGGGGAGAGCACGGAGAACAUGACACAUCUAGAAGCACAAAACAAGAUCAAAGCAUGCAUGGACCAGCUACUGCUCUCCGUGAACAGAGCUGAAGGGAAGACCUGGGCACCCCCUGUUCUGGAAGAUGGCAAGGCUCAAGCGUACCGGAUCAACAUAGAGCCGGAACCACAGGACAAUGGACCAGCCCAGAGCAGGAGGACAAUGCCCCUUGUGGCUGGUGGCAGCGCCAUGGACAACAAGCAGAUGCUGAAUGUGCAGCACCACCACCCGAACCGGCUCUAUGCCAACAGCAGCUCCGAGUCAGCUCUGCCAAGCCAGCUGAGUGGCCUCCACAUAGCUCCUGCCCACAGCAUUGACCCUGUGAAGUCUCUCCCACGGAACAGAAACGGGAUUGAUGUGGAGUCGGACGUCUACAAGAUGCUUCAGGAUUAUGAAAAGCCCAUUUCAGAGCCUAAGCAGUCCGGAUCCUUCCGGUACUUGCAGGGCAUGUUGGAAGCUGGUGAGAAUGGUGAGAAGCUCGACAAGCUGAGCAACCCCCGAAACAUCAAGUCCCCAGUGUCCAAGCUUGGCGGGGCCAUGUCCGGGCUGCAGAUGCUCCCUGAGUGCACCCGCUGUGGGAAUGGCAUCGUGGGCACGAUUGUCAAAGCUCGGGACAAGCUCUACCACCCCGAGUGCUUCAUGUGUGACGACUGCGGCCUCAACCUGAAGCAGAGGGGGUAUUUCUUCAUCGAAGAGCAGCUGUACUGCGAGACGCACGCCAAGGAGAGGGUUAAGCCCCCCGAGGGAUAUGACGUGGUGGCUGUUUAUCCAAACGCCAAGGUUGAACUUGUCUAA